UUUGAAUUGCACCUGACCUUCAAGACUCAGUUCAAAGGAUUUUUUAAUCCAAUCUUUCUAGGUAGGUCCAGCAGUUAUCUGUGUAUACUAAGGUUGUUAACUAGGAUUCACAAACAGGCUUCUGUUAACUUCUAAUAUUGUAUGCAAAAUUUUAUGUAAAGGUGCAUUUUUGCAGAAGGCUGGUCCAUGGUUUUCAUAAAAGAUUUGGAGAUUGCAGAGGGUCCCAUAAUGCAAAAAGGCUGACCUACUUAGUGAAGGUUAUGAGACAACUUGGCGACAUUUGUUAAUUCAUAAAACGGUAUCUGCAGGCGUUGGAGACAGUUUCUUAACAAAAGAGCUGCUGGAAGCUUAGCCAUGCCCAGUGCAGUGAGGACCCUGGCUGUUCCACUUUAUUUCUCAAAAGAUACUGGUGCGAAGGCAGCAGCUCCUCUCGCCCCAUGUGUCGUGCAAGUUGGGGGCAUUAUUCCAUCCGUCCCGUGUAAACACGAGACUCAGUACGGGAAAUGAGGCCUCGGCUCGCGGCCACUCGAGGCGACCGCCGGCCUUUUCCACAUGCCGCCAGCAACCGAGCCCACCGAGUGCGGCUCCCCGGGACCGGGAAGCGGCGGCGGCGCCCGGACGGAAGCUUUUCCUGUAGGUGAAAGGUCAGAGGCGCCGCGGGAGGCGCCGCAGGAGAGACUGCAGUGCGCGCCGAGCAGCUCGCCGACUUCCCUGCAGUGCCGGUCGCGCGGCCCGGCUGCGGGCUCCGCGGCCCGGCUCCGGCCUCGGCCUCGGCCGCGGCCUCUCUCGGAGCCCCGCGCAUUCGGCUCCGCCGCUUCGGCCACUCUCCGCGCUCCCAGCCCAGCCCGAGCAGCUCGCCGCGGCGCAGCCAGACGGGCCGGCCCCGCCGGCCAAAGCCCGCAGGCUGGUGGGGGCCAGGGGGUGCGUCGGUUGGCAGUUGGGAGGAAAGUACACCCCCGCCCUCCGCCCCGGACGCGGCCGCUUUUCUCCACACCUGGCACUUCUUACCGGUGCUUCUCCGCCGAGCUGCGUUCUGCGCCGGGCGUGGACCGGACGGUCCCGCCGAGCCGGCUACUGGGCGGCUCCGGAAUAAGACAGGUUGGAAAAAGCUGGAGGGGGGAGGGUAAAGAAAAGCGGGGGCUCGGAGCUUUGGGGGUUUGUGUAUUUGGGGGGGGGGUCAGAGUUCGUGACCUCUCUCUCGGCUCUGCGGUGCGCGCUCUCGGUCGCGCCUGCGCAAGAGUGGUGUGGAGAAGCGACGGGAGGAGGUCGUGA